AUGUUAUGAAAUGUUGACACUUAUUAGAUUAACAUUAUCAUUUGAGUAAGACUUUGGAUGGGGUGUUUUCAAAUUGGUUCAUUGCAGUGGUAAUUUUGCAGGUUGAUUUAAAACACACGUUAUUUAGAACUUCAUUUCGGGGAAACAGGCGGAAUGGACGAGGACACGUUAAAAAUAUUACAAGAAACAAGAGAUAAAAUGCAUAGGUGUCGUGAAAAAUAUUUUUGGUCACAAUUUACAAGUUAUGGUUGGUCAUUUGCAGGCAACAUUGUGAGUGCCUUUGCUGCUUUUAAAGCAAAUACAUCACCAAGACUUUUCACAUUGUUAUACAUUUUAAAACAUUUCGUCUGGGUCUAUGUCUUGAUCUAUAGACGGAAAUCAUUAGAAGAGACAGAAAGAGAAAUUAACAGAUUAUACCAUGAUUCGAUGAAAAAAGUUAGAGAGGUCUGUCCAAAAUAUUCGAUGCAAAAAGUUAGAACGGUCUGUCCAAAAAGUCCGGUAACUUUUAACACCAGCAGCCAUCCUUCACUGACAUUUGCUUUCCCCUUUGCAUCAUUCCUAUGGGAUUUAACUAAAAGAUAUCGAGAAAACCUUCCAAACCGAAAUUAUGGCGUUCUCGAUAAAGCUUUGAUUGUCGUUAAGCGACAAAAAUGCGAAAUUGAGCAGUUGAAAACAAUGUUGAAAGAAAUAUAUCCUUUAUUUCAAGGCAGUCCGUGUAAAGUAGUUGAAGCCAUUCCCGGCGUGAAAAUACCAGCAGAAAUAAGUACAGAAGAAGCUUUAUUGGAAGGACAAAUUACAAUUCAAAACAUACCUGUUUCCAAUAACCCAUUAAAGAAGAAAAGAACUGAAAUUGAAAAAGCCACUCAUAAAAAGGAAGACUUUUAUAAACAUGCCCUUGGUGUAUUAGAGUCGGCAGGAAUAUGUUUACAGGCGAGAGAAGAAGCAAAAGUAUUACCGACAUUUAAACUUGUGCAAAAUCUUAAACUUCUUGAAGAAGCUAACAAAAAUCUAGAUGCACUCAAAGAAAGUAAACUUGAAUUUCAACUCCUUAAUCACAAAAAACAGAAAAAUCAGCAAGCUAUCGUUGAAGAAAUUUGUAGAAUGCUUGAUAAUACAACUGAGGCACUUGAGAAUGUAUCUGACUUUAAAAUAGAUAUCAGAUCGGAACUGGAAAAAUCAAGAAUUCAGAAAUCUGUAAAAAAAGUCCAGAAGUAUGCAAAACAAGGUUACGAAAUUAACCAUCAAGUGGAAAAUGCAUUAAAAGCAAUGACCGAAGCUAACAAAGCAAUGGUAGAUAUCAAGAAGUCUACAAAGGGUUGGUUUAGUGAUGGGAUGCAGAUAAAUGAGAUCAAAAUACCUGUAGGAACUGAGAACGACUGGAAAACUCAAAGUAAAGAUUUGGCAGAUUCUAUGAAAUUGUUAGGAGAACAUGCCGAAAAGUUGAUGGUUUCUCCAAAUCGCAUAAUGAAUGAAUUUACAAGCUACCAAACAAGAAGAAUGACGAACAAUGCGGAAGAUAUGGCAAAAGAAGUUCUUAGUAUUUUUGACCAAAUAGAUGGGGAAAUUUCCAAUAACAAUUCAGAUAGCCAAAUCCGUGUUGUAGAACAGGUUUUUCAAAGAAUAUGGUCACAGUUAACAAGUACAGAAACAACUAAAAUGCAGCGAGAUACACCUGUCAGUAAAAUGCGUUCUAAAGCACAAACGCUCCAUUCGAAAGUUCCUACUUCAAACAAAUUGCAUGUUGAUAUAAUGACAUUGAUAACAGCAUUUUUCGGUACUGUUGUUGACGGCUGGAACAUUUUCAUGUUGUUCAAAAUGGAUCGGAAAAUGCAUCCGAAAGAAAUAUUGAUAAAGAAUAAGAUUGAAGAAAUUUCUGGUGAAAUUUGAUAUGGCUUCUGCUUCUGUGUGCGUGCGUGCGUGCGUGCGUGUGUGUGUGUGUGUACUUUAUUAUAUCAAAUUAUUAAAAUGUAUAUUGUAAGUGACGGACUUCAUUUUACAAUUGAAAAGUCAAAUGCAGUUAUGUGUGGGAGUGUUGUUGGUUGUUUUUUUUUGUUGUUGUUUUGUUUUUUCAAUGUACUGAAAAAUACAAAAAAGGUACAUUUUUGUAAUAUUUAGUUUUAACUAAAAUCAGCAUUAACACUGGGUUGUGACGUGCGAAACGACAAUAGUUCAACAACCAAAGCGCAAAAAUUUCUCUACGAAAAAAAAAAUCCAAAUACAUACAAUAUUUUCAUUUCACAACAUUGAACAUUCAGAGAUACACAUUAUCUGACCGGAAAUUCCAGCUAAAUACACACAUUAAGCACAAACAAGGCUCUAAUUUUUAAUGUUAAAGGUAACUGAAAGAUAUUUUGCUGUUUUUUUUUAUUUUUGCAAAAAGAUUUCGCGCGAGUGUAUAUGUAAAAUGUCUUUUUUCUCUGAUUUAGGAAGGAGAACUGUGUUCAAAUUGAUUUUUAUUAAUUAAAUGGCAUAUGCGUUAUUGCUUGAAGUAUUUGUUCUAGAAAAUUGUACUUGUAUAGUUUAUGUUUUGUAUAGUUUAUGUUUUAUAUCACAGAUAUAGCACAGGUGAAAACUUAGCUAUUUUCCUUACAUUUCAGGAAGGCUUAAAUUAAUAUCUAUAGAGGAUUGAACACUUUUAACACUGUAUUCAAGUUAAUGUUUUAAUCAUGUUAAUGUGUUUAAAUUUUGAAAACUUAAGCUUUACUAAGGAAAAUAAUGUCAACAUUCAUAGAGUAUACAUUACUACAAACCUUACACUUCUUUGAACGUUGUUGACGCUUUCUCAUUGUAAUAUACUUUAUCUCAAAUUGUAUACUGCCGUAUGAGGACAAUAAAG